AUGCAAGAAGCAAAUCGGUUGAGGAGAGUGAUGGGAGAGGGAAUGGAACCAGCAAUUGGUUGCUGGCAGAUGAUUCCAGGGGCUAAUGUUUCGAGGACUUUAGCGAGGACGGGUGUUGAUUGGGUUUUGGUGGAUUGUGAACAUGGCAAUAUUGAUGGUGAGUUUGGUUUCUUUUGGGGGAACGCGGCAAUGCACGAUGCAGUCCCUGCGAUUGCAGCAUGUGGAGUGAGUCCGAUAGUCAGAGUUCCAGAUAAUCAAGGGUGGAUGGUCAAGCGUGCUUUAGAUUGUGGAGCUCAUGGUGUACUUGUACCUCUUCUAUACACAGCCGAGGGGGCUGAACAACUUGUAAAAAGCGCCAAAUUUCCGCCUCAAGGCCAGAGAGGUUUCGGGUCACCAUUUCCUCAUGAACGUUUCGAUCCCGAAUUGAAUUCUGAUGCUUAUCUGAAGCAAGCCAAUGAUAGCAUCCUAACCAUGGUACAAAUCGAAACCAAGGAAGCGGUGGAGAAUGUCGAUGCUAUUGCUGCUGUCCCUGGUAUUGAUGUUCUUUUCAUCGGGCCUUUCGAUCUUGGCAAUAAUAUUGGACAUCCCAUCAUAGCAGGACAUAUGCAUGAGAAUCUCCACGCAGCAAUUGCAAAAAUUCUGAAAGCGGCAAAUGCAGCAGGGAAGAAGGCUGGAAUCUUUUGCACGAGUGGAGAGCAGGCAAAAGGUUAUGCUGAUCAGGGCUUUCACAUGAUGAGCGUUGCAACGGAUAUGCACAUCUUGCCACAGGGUGUAAUGGCUGCUGUGAAUAAGGCAAAGGGUCAAGGAGAUGGGCCUAAACUGACGGGUCCUUAUGGUAGAUAA